AACAAUCUUUCCCUUUCGAUUUCAUAAAAUUGUAUUUUGCCAAACGUUCUCGUAAUUUACAACUAUGGAAGAAAAAUUAGAAGAAUGCUUUUUACAGUACUUGCACUGUAAAUAAAAGAAUAUGAACUUUGAAGGCCGAGUGAUAAAGGCUGAGCUCGGCAGCAAAUGCCACUGCAACUCUCUCUCUCUAAUUAUACCAUGCAAAUGGAUCUUGGGUCUUGUGUUAUGUAUUACCUAGCUUAAUUAGAUUAAUGGAAAAGAAAUCAAGCCUAAUAAAACACCCUUCUGCUAUUUCCGAAGCAUUUGCAGUGAGACAGAAAGACUGCAGGUGUUCUUCCUCUCUUUCUCUCUAGUCACUACUACUCACUGACUCUAGCUAUCUAUUUUCUUCCAAUUUGUAAUUAAUUUUAAAACUCUUUUUUGGAUUAUUUUAAUUAUUUUACCUCUCAAUUGUCUUGUCUCUUUCCUCAAGUGCCUCAGGCUUCUUCACUGCCCUUCAAACAAACUUGCAGGCUUUUGCUGUCAGAACCUCUGCCAAAAGCUUUCUCUCACUUCAAAAAAACCCAAUUUCCACACCCAACAAACCAACACAUUAAACCCAACAACAACUAAAUCACAGGAGAAAAACAAACUUAAACUUAAACCCCACCCAUCUCUCUCUCUCUCUCUCUCUCUAGAUGGACUUCUACCUUAAGCAAUGGAAACCCCAGCAGCAGGAGCAGUCAGAGGAACAACAUUCUGCAAAGAUACCAAAACUUGACCUUGAUCCCCAUCAAAACUCAGAGCAUCCAACUGCUGGGUCUGCUGCUGGGUAUGCUCUCCCUCUGUUUGUAUCUGAACCCAACACCAAAAUGCUGUCAGCAUUUUCUGAUUCCUCACCUGCCACCUCCAGAUUUCCCAAAAUGGGAAGCUAUUUCAGCUUGUCACAGUGGCAGGAGCUGGAGCUGCAGGCUUUGAUAUUCAGGUACAUGGCGGCCGGUGCGGCUGUUCCUUCUGAGCUUCUUCAGCCAAUCAGGAAAAGCCUCCUCGGUUCUGCUCCUUAUUUUCUCCACCACCCUCUCCAACAGCUCCCUCACUUUCAACCUGCUUUGUUGCAAUCAGGGUAUUGGGGAAGAACUGCCAUGGAUCCGGAACCGACGAGGUGCAGGAGGACAGAUGGUAAGAAAUGGCGGUGCUCGAGAGAUGUGGUGGCGGGUCAGAAGUACUGUGAGCGCCAUGUGCACCGUGGCAGAAACCGUUCAAGAAAGCCUGUGGAAGUGACAACCACAACCACGACGACGACCACCGCUUGUGGCGGAGGGAGUGGCAGUAAUCUUAGUAUUGCUACCACCACCACCAAUACAUCAGCUAGUGGGGCGCAUUUCGCUCUCUCUGGGUCCUCAUCAUCCCCUUCAGUUGAUCUGCUUCAUCUCAACCAAAGUUCUUCAGAGUCCAAACCUGAGAACAGGAGCCUCUUCGAGUCCCGCGGUGAGUUCUCUGCGAGUGCCAAAUCCGACAGCCAUGUCUUGAGGCCUUUUUUUGAUGACUGGCCGGGGAAGCUCCAAGAACUCGACAAUGCAGGAAGCAGACCUAUCUCAAUGAACUCGGCCACCAGCCUCUCCAUUUCGAUACGUGGAAAUACCUCAUCGGAUGUGUCGUUGAAAUUGUCUACUGGCAAUGGGGUCGAGCCAGGCCACCAGGACAGCCAUGCCGAGCGAGGGCAGCCACAGUUAAAUUGGCCCGCUGGGUGGGCAACAAACCAAAUGGCGUCCAUGGGAGGACCACUUGCAGAGGCCCUGCGGUCCUCUUCCAACUCCAAUUCCUCACCAACCAGCGUCUUACAUCGGUUGCCCCGUGGCUCUGCCUCCGAAACUAGCUUUAUCAGCACUUGAUUAUCCUCCGUAUCAGACAGUUCCGGCGAGCUGCUUUCAGUUGCUUGUGUAAAUCGCUCUCGUUCUUUUUACUUCAACUGGACGAGUUCUGUGCAUGUUUAAACCAAAACAAAUUUGUUGCUCAUAUCUUGUAGAAGUGCAGUUGCAAUUUACUUGUCUCGGUUGAGUCUUCUGACCUUGAAAAUAAGGUGAUUUUCGAGGUGCCGAUCGUCGAUAUUCAAGUAUCCUUGUGUUGUAUCCUAAGUCCAGUAGGUUUCGACGAGUUCGACAUCGAGUUGCUUAUUAACUACCGGAAAGUGAUUUUCAA